GGGAAUGAUUGAUGCGCCGAAGUCAGGGAGGGGAGGACAGCAUUGAUAGAUAAGGGUAGAGAAAUAGAAGGGGCUUGGAAUUGCUGGAGUGAAGCGUUCGCGGUCUUACACUUUGCGUGGGCUGGGACAAGAUGGCAAAGCCGCGGCACGGGAAAGCUUCGAUGGCGAGGCCGAGGAUGGCUAGCUUCGGCCCCAAGACGCUGCUUUUCGCACUGCCUCUCGCGCUUCCCGUCGUUAUGCUACAAUCCAGUAUCCAGCACUUGCUUCCAGUGAGAUUGCAAACCUACUUCUCCUCAUCCCAUCUUCAAACAUCGGAACAAGCGCAAGCUACACCGUCAAAUCAAUCGCUGCUCGAAGCUUGUUACACGCACACCUACACCACUGAAAUUGUCUCCUUGGAUCCGCUCGUCAUAUACAUCAACAACUUCACCAGCGCGGCCGAAGCAGAGGAACUCAUCAACAUUGGCGAACCCGACUUCGCCCCCUCCUUCAUCUCCCGCGCCCACACAGGCGCCAACGUCCGCGUCUCAGGCCGCACCUCCUCCUCCGCGCCCCUCCCCCAAGACCACCCCCUCGUCACCUGCAUCCUCUCGCGCGCCCGCGCCUUCCUCGGCGGCUCCAUGCUCCCCGACGAACCCUUCGCGACGCCGCAACUGGUGAAAUACAGACCCGGCGAGAAGUACGACCUCCACACGGAUUUCUGGCCCACGCACCAGGUGCUGAAAGAUGGAAAGGGAAAAGGCAAGUUGAUGAAUCGACCGAUUAGCUUUUUUGUGUUCCUCAGGGAUACGUGUACGGGUGGGGAGACGUAUUUUCCGCUUGUGGAGGUGGAUGGGGGUGUGGUGGGGGAUGGGAAGUGGGAGGGGAGGAUGGCUGUGGGGCCGGUUGGUGGUGGUGGUGGUGGUGGUGAUGAUGAUGAUGGUGGAGUUGGUGAGGGGAGGAAGAGGAAAGGGGUGAGGUUUACGCCGAUUACUGGGAAUGCGGUGUUUUGGGUGAAUUUGGAUGGGGAGGGGAGGGGGGAUCAGAGGUUGGUGCAUGCGGGGUUGGAGGUGAAGAGUGGGGAGAAGGUGGGGAUGAAUAUUUGGGCGAGGAGGUUCUAUGGUGAGGUUGAUGAUUGGUGA